AUGAUCCUGCAUUUCAAACUACUCAAUUAUAUGUUCGUAACAACAUUGCUAAUGUAGGAAAUCUCACUGAAGAAAUGUUAGCUCCAAAUUGCCAAUUAAUUCCUGUAGAUUCUUCAAUUUCUACAAAAGAAAUUAUUAAUGCUAACGUAUUGACUAGUAUUUCUUUACAUUCACUCUAUAAAUCUGGAAGGCCCCUUGUUCUUCUUGGUGGAUCAUAUACCUGCCCUUUAUUUCGAUGCAUAUCUCAUGUACUUAAUGAUAUUUAUAACCGAUAUAAGGAUCAUAUAGAUUUUUAUAUGAUUCAAAUUCGAGAAGCACACGCAAGUGAUGUUUGGCCAAUUGGUAAUGUUGUAGAUGUUAAAGAACAUCGUACAUUAACUGAUCAUCUAACUGCUGCUUGUGAAAUGAUCAAAGCUACCAAAUUAGAGAUUCCUGUAUUAGCUGAUACUAUGGAUGAUACUUUCUUAAAAUUAUAUUCUCCAUGGCCUUUCCGCUUUUUUGUUAUUGUAAAUGGUAUUUUAAAACUUGUUGGAAUGCCUAAAGAAGCUCGUUAUGAUACAACAGAUUUA